UCAUUCAACUUUUCUCUAAGCUUUUCGUCCUUCGCGUUUGGUAUUCGCUAUUCGCCACUUUGCCCGCUGUAUUUUGUAAAAACUGUCGUCAUUGUUCUUUACUGUAUAAACUGGUAAUAAUUAACAACUCGUCGGUUUACGUCGCGAGUGAUGCUUAGUGCCCGUUUGAUUUCGUUUCAUAAACAUAAAUACAAUCAUUUUGAUCCUGUGUUGUCUAACAUGUGAUUACAAAUGUAAAUAAUUAAUUAAAAUUAUCGCACAAAAUGGACGUGAAAGGUUCUAAUCGUGGGUGUAAUGAGUGAUUACUUUAUUAUUGUUGUGUUCGCAAAUAUUUGUGAGUGUGCAAGUGUAUAUUUUUGAAGGAUUUUGACAUUCCCCGUCUUCAUACUAGCUGUGGUUUCGUUCAAAAAGUUCGCAACAAAAUGGCGCAGCUAAAACAUAAACGAGGGAAGUCCAGAAACUAAGCGACGAAUAAAUCAAAAGAUCGAACUCAUUAUGACCUAGACAGCAGAUAUUGUGAUAAUAACAGCCAAUCAAAUAGGCCUAUUUUACUAAUUAGAAAAAAAAACCGCGUUCCUUUAGCAUAUAGUGUCAAUUAGCAUAAACCAAAGUAACAUUAGGUCCUACCUCUAUAGAAAAAAAAUCAAAAAAAAAAAGUAUAUUUUCGAACCAAAGCUAGUCUUUUAAGCAUGUCGAAUCAGAUACCUAUAUAUAGCCAGGUCGUUCCAAAAUCGCAAUACCGGGCAAAGAAUUCUAAAGUCAAUAAGGUUCAGAAUCCGACGAGAAACGACUUCGACCCUCUCAAUUAUAAUAACGGGGGAAACUUCGCCAUGAGUUCUCCUCUUGAUGGGAAGGAGAAGGAGAAGAAAGAGGAGAAGCCUCGAAGGGUUAAAGAGGAUUCGGGGAGGACUCGAAGGGUGAGGAAUGAGGCGAGUGAGGGAAAGGUGGAAGCUUAUUUGAGGCAGUACCAAGUCAGCAUGAGGCAGCAGCAGCACCGACAUUCCGCUGUCAGGCAGGCUGAACAUCGGGUUAAUCUCAGAUCGCUCCCAUUAAACGACGUGGCGACAUCUCGCGGCCACGACCGAACGCCGACUGAUCGUCACCGAGGCUUCCCAGAAAGAGAUAGAGAAGGCUCCAGAGAACAUCGGCGGGAGCGAGACAGGGAUAGAGAGCGGGAGAGAGAUCCUUUCGAUUUUGAUGGAACACCCCUAAGCCCUAUAGCAUCAAGGGCUCAUGAGAAAGACUCCCGACCGGUCCGCAAGUCCUCCUCAGCGCACCGAGUCACGGAGACCAGCAUAUCCACGGACAAGAGGAGGUUCUUCUGCAGGGAGUGGGCCUUCCAGAAGAUUGCUCACUGUCUGGAACAGCGGCCGGUUAGCAAGACCUGUGGGGCGCUUAUAUUGGGUGACGCGGGCAGUGGUAAGACGGCUCUGUGCCAGGAGCUGAGCGAGCCCGGGCAGGGGCCGCAGGCGAGGCAACAACGCGCGCUCAACCGGAGGCUGCUAGCUAGGCACUUUCUGCAGAGUCACACGGAGAGCAGCCUACGUCCCGGCGAGUUCGUCCGCUCUCUAGCCAUGCAGAUACUAAGUCACUCCUCACGAAGACCGAGAGCUGAUAACUCAGAUCUGUCUCCCAGGGAUCCUGAUACUCCACACAGUCACAGACGUAAUUCUGAAGAGGAGCGUUUGAUCAGUCGGUUCCGUGAGCUUGGGGAUGAUGGUGAGGAGAGUUCCAAGCCGCUGCUGGCUGAUAGUGAAGACCAGCGCACCGACGAGGAGGACGGCGGCUGCAGUUCCCGCGCGCGAGCCUGCCCCAGCCCGCCCGCUGUAGGCCCGACCACUGACCUCUCUGCCGACCCCCACGCCGACGCACCGCUCAGUACUCUUGAUGAUUUGCCAGAAAUCUUGCCAAGAUCAUCAGUGAAACCGACGAAUCCAUUUGUGACGGAAGAAAAAGACGACCUACGUUUGUACGAGAACCACGAGAAUCUAUUCCUACGAAAUAUAUCGCAACGUCAAUCGAAAGAACUCAGGAAUUCCAGACUUCUACGCCAGUCUUCUGAACCGCUGUCCGAGAAGAAGACCAGUCUUCUGCAGAAGAGUCUGUCUACUGAACAGAAGAAUGAUAGUUCUGGUGAGGAUCGGAAGGUGGAAAACAGCCCGCCGAAGUCCAGGAUACCUGUGGCUAAUUUCAGGUACCCCAACAAAAGUGAUCUCCGAUCCGCUGAAAACUCCCCCUCGAAGAAGCCUGAAAGACCGUCUACUCCCAAAGAAGAAUUGCCGGAAUACCAGAACGUUUUGAAGCCAGAAGUAGAGGUACAGGAGGGUGAGAAGAAAAGGGAAGAAGAUGUGCCCCCUCCUAUUCCUAGUCUGCCUAUAAGCCCUAGGACUCUGAUAGCUAAUGCCUAUUAUGAUAAGCUGCUGGCUGAGCCUGAAAUUCAACAGGCCCUAUUACCUCAGAAUUUGGAGAAGAACCCUGACGAAUGCUUCAAGAAGGCGCUGCUCUUCCCAUUGCUGGAGAUCGAUCCCCCCAAGCAGUGUCUCUUCCUGCUGGUGGACGCUAUCGAUGAAGGGAUUACUGGGGGCAUGUGCGAGGAGGGCUCCACGGAGGGCUCGGCGUCAGUGGCCCGUCUGCUGGCCCGCCACCAGCACCUGUUCCCGCACUGGCUGCUGCUGGUCUGUACCGCCAGGAAGCACUGCAGGAACCUCACCAGGAUGUUCACUGGGUUCCGUAAGAUUACACUGGACGAGCUCCAACGCGCGCAUGUGUCGGCCGACGUGCAGCGCUACGUCCUGGCUCGACUGGACACCGAACCUCGACUCAGGGCUCGAGUGUCGAGCGACUCGACAGCGGCGGCGGCGGCCGCGGCAGCGCUAGACCAUCUGCGUAUCAAGAGCGAUGGCUGUCUGCUAUACUUGGAGAAGGUGCUGGACGGUGUAGCGGACGGAUUCAUAGCCCUGCGUGAGAUCAGAGAGAUCCCCGGCACGCUGAACGGACUCUAUCUGUGGCUGGCACAGCGACUCUUUCAUGGCAGACGGUUCACCAAGGUACGUCUCCUGCUGGACGUCCUGCUGGCGGCCCGGUGCGGGGUGACGGAGGAGAUGCUGUACAAGUGUCUGCUCACCAAGGAGUACUCCGUCACCAGGGAGGACUUCAACCGACGCCUGCAUCUACUCCGCCGUAUCCUGGUUAUGGAGCGCUCAACAGGCUACUUGUCAAUGUUCCACCACUCCUUCGCCAAGUGGUUGGUGGACGUGAAACACUGCACGCGCCGAUAUCUCUGCUGUCCCACCGAGGGACACGCCGCUAUAGCCAUGUACUAUACGCUAGACGCCAAGAGACUAAGCGCAUUGGAGAUACACAACUACGUGUUCCACAUGACGAGCUUGGAACAACAUAUGGCGGCGCAGAAAAAGAAUAAAAACACCGAACAGAAAGAGGACGAGCUAGACCUACAUACGCUGAUCUUGCUGUGGGUGUUGGACUCCGGCUGUGACGUGGAGGCCGCGCUGCGGAGGGACGGGGACUCCUACACGAGGGUGGACACACACGAUACACAGAAGCAAGAUUUGAAAGCUGAAGAGAACAAUGGUGACCCUGAAUCUGAAAGCAAGGACUCGGUGUCAGUAGACCCGACGCCGUUGGAGGCUAUAAUGCCGGAGCUGAUAGCCGGGGAGACCACGACUCGGUGGCCGCGCGACCGCCGCGUGCUCAGAGCGCUGCUGGAACUCAGCCGAGCUGACUCCGUGCCGCCUGAGGCUGAGCGAGAAGACAUAUUGUUAUCACCAGAGCAGCCCCCGGAGAAGGAAGACCCGAAUGAGACGGGGGAGGAGCAGGAGGACACUGCCCCCGUGGACCCCAACGCUGUCCACGAGCUGGCCGCCAAGGGGGACGACGAGGGGCUCGCUGCACUACUCAAGCGCUACCCUGCACUAGUAGAAGCGAUUGACGCGACCGGAGGCACGGCGCUACACGCAGCGGCCCGUGGGGGCAGGGCGCAGGCCGCCUGGGUGCUGCUACGGGCGGGGGCGAAGGCCGACGCGGCUGACGCUGACGGAUGGAGCCCGCUCAGGGCUGCGGCGUGGGCUGGACAUACUGAGGUCGUGGAGGUGUUGCUGGAGUUCGGCUGUGACGUGGACUGUGUGGAUGCUGACAAUAGAACUGCAUUGAGAGCGGCAGCCUGGUCAGGUCACGAGGCAGUGGUAUCCAAGCUCCUGGCGGCCGGGGCAGAUCCGGAUAAGGCAGACGCGGAGGGUCGAACCCCCCUCAUCGCGGCAGCGUACAUGGGACACGCGGACAUAGUCAGAGCAUUGCUCGAUGCCGGCGCGCAAAUCGAUCAUGCUGAUGAUGAUGGUCGCACAGCCCUGUCAGUGGCGUCGCUGUGCGCGGGAGGAUGCGCGUGCGCAGCGCUGCUACUGGAGCGGGGCGCCGACGUGUCCCGCGCCGACCGGGACAAGGCCACGCCUCUACUCGUCGCCGCCUUCGAGGGACAUACCGAGAUCUGCGAGCUCCUGCUGGAGGCGGAGGCGGACGUGGAGGCGGCGGACGCGGCCGGGCGGACCGCGCUGUGGGCCGCCGCCGCCGCGGGACACGCGCGCGCGCUGCGCCUGCUGCUGUUCUGGGGCGCCUGCGUCGACAACAUGGACGCCGACGGACGCACCGUGCUCAGCGUCGCCGCCGCGCAAGGCAACGUGGAGGUAGUCCGUCAGCUGUUGGACCGCGGCCUGGACGAGCACCACAGGGACAAUUCCGGGUGGACUCCGCUACAUUAUGCCGCUUUUGAAGGUCACAUAGAAGUAUGCGAAGCUCUGUUGGAGGCGGGUGCGAAGGUGGACGAGGCGGACAACGACGGCAAGGGCCCGCUGAUGCUGGCGGCGCAGGAGGGCCACACCCGCCUCGUCGAGGUACUGGUGGACAACUGGGACGCCAGGGUCGAGCAGAGGGCGCACGAUGGGAAGACCGCUUUCAGACUGGCGGCGCUGGAGGGCCACGAGUCGACGGUGGAGGCGCUGUACGUGCGGGGGGCGGACGUGGACGCGCUGGACGCGGACCGGCGCUCCACGCUGUACGUGCUGGCGCUGGACAACCGCCUGGCCAUGGCCGCCCGCCUCAUCGCCACCUGCGGGGCGCACGUCGACACCACCGACAACGAGGGCCGCACCCCGCUGCACGUGUCUGCGUGGCAAGGCCACACGGACAUGGUCAACCUGCUCAUUAAAGUCGGCGGAGCGUGCGUGGACGGUCGCGACCGUUGCCUGCGCACGGCGCUGCACGCGGCGGCGUGGCGCGGCCGGACCGCCGUCCUGCGGGCCCUGCUGCAGCACGGGGCUUCGCCCUCCGCCGUCUGUACACAGGGGGCUACGCCACUCGGUAUCGCGGCUCAGGAAGGUCACGAAGAGUGCGUGCUGUGGCUACUGCAGCAUGGGGCCGAUCCCAUGCAGGCUGACCAUUGCGGCCGCACCCCCGCGAAGGUGGCGUGGCGGGCGGGGCACGCCAAUAUCUGCCGCCUGCUGGAGCGCUGGCCGGCGCCCGCGGCCUCCGCAGCCUCUGCAGCCUCGGCAGCCUCCGCAGCCUCCGCAGCCCCCGCAGCCGCCGCAGCCGCUGCACCCUCCGCGCCUGCCCACCAUGAUCUAGUUCCUGCAAGACCGCCUAGUGCUGUGUGUACCCUCCCCGUGCCGCCAGGGUCCCCGGAGUACAAGCGGCGCAGCGUGCACAGCUCCAACUCCACCAAGUCGUCCUCCAACAUGACGGCCGGCUCCGCCAGGUCGCACUCCCACCACGACCAGCCAGAGACGGCCAAUGCUGACAAGGGCAACCGCGCGAACCUGUCGCUGUCGUUCGCCCAGCAAGUGGCGCGCUGCGGGCGCGGGCGCCGCGACCUCGCCCCGCGCCGCGACAUACCGGACCACCACGUCGCGGAGAAAGAUUCCAAGCUCAGGAGCUACCUAGCGAACGAGCGUGACCUAGAGCUGGGCGCGUGGUCCCACGCCGGCCACGCCCCCCACGGCCACGGCCACGCCUCCCCGCUGUACGCGUCCCCCCCUCGCACCCCCGUCAGUGACCUAUGUAGUCCUACGCAACCCGCUCUACCGCCCAGUUUUGGCUCCCAGCCGCCAAGCCUGACGUCAGUGCAGCCAGUCCUGACCGACACACACUUCAAUAGAGACACACACAUGCGGAUCAUACUGGGCCGGGACAGCAAACCCCCGCAGGAUAGGAGCGAGAGCGAGGUGUGGAAAGCGAUGGGUCUCGUUGCAUACAACAAGCUAGUUGGCAGUAUCGGCAGAGCCAGGGGCCGGAUAUUCAAAAAGAAUAAAAGCAAGAGGAACGGUAUUGUCACAAAUCCUGCGAUGCGGCUAGUUGCUAACGUCAGAAAUGGACUCGAUAACGCAGCCGCGAACAUACGACGAACAGGCGUAGCUCUAGCGGCGAGCGCCAGCUCUGCCAACCCCGCAGUCAAAACGAACGCCUUCCAAUGGAGGAAAGAGACACCGCUAUAAGAAAGAGCGAGACAAACGAACGGUACAAGCUUUUUCCAUUCAUACAGCAACUGAAACACACGUUCAGUUCUGAUAUUGAAAUUAUUCUCGAUUUUCGUUAUGGCUCCCGGUCGAGACCGAAAUCAGUCGGGCGUGCUCGAAAAUUGACGUGAUCAAGAUUUUUGUCUUGUAAAGUGUUGCCAGUUGGUUUUUGUUGUAGCAAAAGCUGUUUUUUUAGUCUGGCAAUGUAAAGAUUAUUUGUACAAUUUUAUCGUUUUGUGAUUUCGUGUUUGUAAAAAUGGCCUAUUUUAUGUACAUAUAAUGUUUAAGGUUCUAUUUUAUUAGUAAUGCCAUCAAUGGCUUAGGAGAUACAUGUGUAGCUAGCAAGUGUGAGAUUAUGAAUUCGAUUCCCUGGCCUAGUAAUAUUAUUUAGUGUGAUUUUCUAUCAAUAACUGCGGUUGUCGAGUAUAAGGUCCAGAAUUUGAUUCCUGAUUGAGUAUAUUAUUAUUAUUUAAUAACUAGCUUCUGCCAGUGGCUUCGCUUGCGUGCCCGUGGGAUACAGGGGAACAAUAUCUUCUAACUUACUCAGUUUUUUUUUUACUAUUUUUGUUAAUAAAAUAGGACCUUGAACUGCAAUGACUAAUAAAUAAUCAACAAAGAAAUAUAUAAAUAAUGAUAUGUAUUUACAUAACUAACGUAAAUAGAAAGCGGCUCUGCUUACCCCUUUCGAGAUUAAAAAGCGUAAUGUUAUGUGUAUAAAAAGCUGGGAAUCAAUAAUUCAUUGAUUUUUCUUAAUAAUGUUAUAAUACAAAGCAGGUUUUGUUAACAGGUAGGCCUAAAUUCAUUAUUAUAUUGCAGUUUUAAUAUAUUAAGUAUUACACAUUGAAAAUUCCAAAAUGAUUUAUUAGGAAAGCUGGUUUGAUUGCCGAUUGAGGUCUUAUAUUCGAUUUCUGCGCGGGAAAGGGACUUUCUUCAUAUUUAUAGGUAUAGCUUAAGAUAAAUAUAAAUAUGAAGAAAUACCCUUUCCCGCCCCGUUUAUUUUUUGCGCCUUGAGGUGAGAGGGAGUGUCAUACUCUUACUGACUAAACUAAUGUUUUACGAGACUCUUCCCCUCCCCCCAAGUAGCUUUACGUAAUAACCGAACGCCCACUUACCUACGAAUCGAACAUAAGACCUUACGUUUGACUUGACAAUCGCUCUUAAAGACAAAAGCCUUUACAAAACAUUCUUUUUUAUACAUAUUAUAUUUUACAGAAAAAGCACAAAAAUAUAUCAGUAUUAUUAUAAAAAAAAAUGAAUUGGGAACAUAUUAUUUUUUUGCAUUUUAUUUUUGUAUUUGAUCCAGUACAAUUGUUUUUAGAAGUGAGUGUUUUACAAUUAGUAUGGACUCUGCCUACCCCCAUUGGGGCUUUAUAAGGUGUUAUGUUAUGUACUCAAUAUAUGAAUUUGUAACUUUUGAGUGUAUUUCUAUUGAUAUAAAUAAAUAUACCAAUUUUAUUACUAUAAAUGAUUAAUGAACUAACACUUUGAACGCCACGGGGGUCACCGGUGACCGACGUUAGCGGAGGAUUUGCCUUCAACAGUUUUCUAUUGGCAGUCAGACUUAAAUAAAAAUCACGGCUUACUCUACGGAGAAAACUCUACUAGUUUCGAGUCACAGAGGGACUCGCGACGUCGCCUCGUAUGCACACGUUGUUCACUUUGAAGAGUCCCUCUGUGACUCGGUGACUGACGUUGGCGGAGGAUUUACCUUGGCUUUUCUAUUGGCAGUCAAAGACUUAAUGUAUGCGAGUAAACCGUGAUUUUCAGUUAAUUAAUUUGCCUCACUAUAGUUAUUAUAAAGAUUUAUGAACUAUUCAACAGAAUUAUCCAAUUUGAACCAGUAAUUCCAGAGAUUAGCGUGUUCAAACAAACAAACAAAAAACAAAACAAACUAUUUACUGGUAUAUAAUAGUAUAAUAUAUCUUGUAUAUCAAUAAAAAAUACACUCUCAAGUACGUGUGAUCUCAAUCGAACAAACAUUUUUUAUAUGAAAUUAGUUACUAUAUAUCCGAUGUCGCAUUUACUCAUAUAUGUAUGUAAUAUACACAUGUACCUACAUAGAUAUUUUUCUAUACUCACUACACCAGUCUGCGUUUGUGUGGUCAUAUAUCAUAUAAGGUGCUUUAAAAGUAUCUGCCACGGCUUUAAUGGGAGGUAGUAUUGCGUUUGAAGAUUACAAUAGUGAAUAGGCUCACCCCCUAUUACAUGGGACUUACAACACAAAUGGUGAAAAGUGGGUGUACAUUGUGUACUGGCAUUACGUAACGUAAUGUGUCUCUCUGCCUACCCCUUCAGGGAUAAAAGGCGUGACGUUGUGUCUGUGUGUGUGAUAAUGAGUAUUUUUUUUUCAUACUAAUUAAUGUAUGUCAAAGUCAAAGUCAUUUAUUUCAAUUAAUCCUAAAUAAGGCACUUUUGAAACGUCAAAUUGAAUUGUCCGUCAGUCUGUCUGUCAGUGAAUGUAGGAACAAUGUAACGACAAUACGACGUCAAUAUUAUGGGACAAUAAAACCAAUUUGUAAAGAAUAUAAAAUAAAAUAAAAUAGCGGGUUGUUUCAAACAUAGUGCCCAGUGAGUAUGUAUGAGUUUGUUAUGAAAGAGCUAUCUCUUUCAGUCUGUCGCUCCGUAGCACUUUAUACAGAGUAGAGUCAAUGUUUAUUUAACUUCUUUAUGUUCUCAAAUUGAAUUAACUGGUCCGGAGUACGAAAUUUCUUCACUAUUGUAAUCGUCAAACACAACACUACCUCCCAUUAAAGCCGUGGCAGAUACUUUUAGAACACCUUAUAUAUUUAUUUUGCAUGGUCCUAUACCCUAUAGUUGGGCAAUUAUAAACGCGGGGACUGUCACGUCUAAAGAAUAUGACUAUCCCGCUCAACUCACAUAAGUGUGAGCGAGAGAUCUGAUAAAAAUGACUUAAGACAAUUCGCACGUUUGUAAUGGCCCAACUAUUGUAGAUAUAUUGAUUUCCUAAACAAUUAUGACUGUUUUCAUCAAUCACCCUCUAAACUGUCCAGCAAUUAAAAGUCACUUAGAGGGAGCACCUAAGCUGAUCCCUUUUUCUCCCGCCCUGAGCGAGGCGAGAGGGAGUGUUAGGCUCUUACUGACUAAACACCACCCCGUUCCUACUCCUGCUUCUCGAGCCGGAGCCCCGGUAAUCCCGCUAGGUAGUCCGCAGCUCCGGAUCAGGCAUCAGCCCUACUGCGCCCCCAUCUAAAACUGAUCCCUUAGUUUCUUUUCUUGAAUGGCAACCAAGUCUUUAAUUCAAAAUCCCUGACUUGUACAGUCAUGUACCACUUAUUCAUCAUCAUCAACAUAUCAGCCAAAAGACGUGCACUGCUGAACAUAGGCCUCCCCUAAUGACUUCCAGAUAGACCGGUUGGAAGCGACCUGCAUCCAGUGUCUCCCUGCGACCUUAAUCAGAUCGUCUGUCACUUGUGUAUAAAAAAAUUACGUUAAUUGUCGCCUAUUCUAGGGGUCAGUUUAGGGGUUCCUUUAAAUUUAGGGGAGGUAGAUGUAAACGGCAUCAGACAUUGACGAACGAACAAAAAUACUAAUUGUUUGCAAUAAUUAAUAAUUUUGUAUCGAUAUGAACUGUAGAUACUAUUAUAAUAUAGCGUUAUAAUAAAUGUAAAAAUACUAUAAAGUGUAAGUAAAAUGUCGAUAUUUAUUAAUAUAUUUUAAUUACAUAUAUCACUUUAAAAAGAUCGGUUUAGUUCGCACUAGAUGGCGUUAAAGUGUCGUCAGAAGUUGUCUGGCUAAUGACUUGACUAUACUGCAUGAUCAUAUUCAGACGAAAUAAGUCUUUUAGGGGGAUUUUGUCAUAAUCCCCACACUUGGCGAAGGUGACUUUGGUCCAAGAAAACUUUACUAAAAACAAGGCCGAAAUUAAUAACCGAAUAUAAUCAAAAAUCUUUGGAUCCAUUUCGAUUUUUGUAACUCCACACAAUUAAUAUGACAAAUAAUAUGAAACAUUCAUUCAAAGAUUUUAGAUUUGAACUGUACCAACAACACUACAUGAGUCUCUUACAAAGAAACUAAUAUCUUUUCGUGGUAUAAUUAAAGUAUAAUUAAGAAAAUCUUAGUAAGAAUAAACAUUGCCACUAUAUAAAAAAGGUAUCUACUAUUUUUCAUAACAAAAAUGGUGUCUACUUUUACAUACGUAUUUAUUUUAACUAAUCACCAUUUCGACAAGAAUGGUGAUUUCACGUAAUCAAAAGUGACUGUUGUGAAAAUUGUGUUCAGUUAUUUUUUGUUUAUAAAAAAUAUGCUGUAACUAAAUUAAAAUUGUUUGUCUCAAAGGAAUAGUUACUUGUUUGGAAUCAAAAGGUUUGAAAUAUCAAAUUGGAAUUUUGGAAAAUCCUCUCUUAAGGUAAGCGUCACCAGGCCGGCAUCGGACGCAUCGCACGCAACGAACUUUAGUUUGUCUUGUAUAGAAACUCAUACAACUGCGUCCACUUAUCCACAUCGUACGGACCGCAUCAUCGGAAAUGCCUACAUGCGACGGGUAUUGUUGACGUCAUACGGAAUGCGUGCGAUGCGUACGAUGCGGGUCUAUAGACGCUUAUCUUUAAUAUUAAAUAGCGUGAUGUAUAUGAUGUCACACAGCUUGCUUUGCGCAGUAGUUACAGCUGUGUACAGUCAGUCACUCUCUCAGCAUUCCCCUAGCGCGCUACAUGACACACAGAUUGCUACGCGCAGUAGUUACAGCUGUGUACAGUCUGUCACUCUCUCAGUAACCAAAACAGCACUGAAUUUGGAACUUUUGAUUACCCAUAACAAGUAACAAUUCCAUAAUCACCGACAUUAUAAAUUUCGGCAGCGAUAAGAACGAAAAUAUUUAAUGUAAAUGAUAAUUAUAGUGAAAAAUAUAAUUAUACGAAAAAAAUAAUAAUAAAAAAUAUCUCAAUGGUAGAUGUGUUAGGAUUUUUGAAUUAUUAGGUAUUAUUUAAAAAUUAAAUAAAUCAAUUUGGUGUUACAUAGUUAAAAUAUUUUUUUAUUAAAAUUUGAUUUUAAUAUAACACCAGAAAAUAGGAAAACAGAGGCUGAGACAAAAUUUUACAUUGUUCUCACAUAAAAUUUAAAAAAAAAAUUGAUUUAAUAAACAUACAUUAACCUAGUCACCGCUUGUUCUAAUGUUUCGGAUGGCGGAACCGUUAACAAUAAACGGUCAAAUCCUAGAAACGGUCAAGCCUUACCCGAAAAUGAUCGAAGUAAUCCGAAAAUUGUAACAAAAUAAUUUUCGAUUUAACUCACAAAUGUGAGGAUGUAAUUAAAAACUAUUAUUUUAUAUGAACAAAUUAUGAAAGUGUCAUACGAAAUUGAGGCUAAAAUUAACGAAAUAUAAGGUGAUGUCGUAUUAUUGGUUGAUUAAAAAAAUCAUUAACUAUGCUCUCUGCCUAGCCCCCGGGACAUAGGUAAGAGUUUAAAUAUGUAUUUAAUAGUGAUAUUAUUUGCUUUAGACAUUUAAAAUAUUGAAAAGUAUUUGAUACAUAUGUACACGCGACAUAUUAAGAUAUAUAAAACCAGUUUAUCAUAUACAUAUAUGACCGGAAUGAUACCACGGCCUCACGGAUAACCGACGUGAAACAACGCUUGCGUUGUGUGAGUGAGGUUACAGGAGGCUCAAUUACCGCCCUUCCCAAUCUUCCCAAUCCACGAUUCCCCAACAACCCUUAAAUUCCUAACCCCCAAAAGGCCGGCAACGUACUUGUAACGCCUCUGGUGUUUCAAGUGUUCAUGGGCGGCGGCCAUUGCUUACCAUCAGGUGAUCUGUCUGCUCGUUUACCGGCUUAUACCAUAAAAAAUAUCAUGGUCUCGCUUUGUAUGAUUCUUCCUCACAUUCGACGGUCAGUUUAUACUGGUUUUGCAUAGCUUAAUGUGUACCCGUGCGUAUGUAUCGAAUAUAUUUUCAUUGUUCAAUUGAUGGGCCAAAUUAUGGCCCUUUUAUAUUGUCAACAUACACUGUAUUAAAUAAAUUGCCUGUGUCUUAAUUUUCUUCUUUAUAAUUUAAAAUUAACCGCUGGGUUUUAAAUAACAGAUAGUUAUUUAUCAUCUGUAGUUCAUAACACUCUAAUGUUGGACUAUAAGCCAUUUCAAAAGAGGGUUUACUAUAAUCCCCAUUCUUUGCAAACGGCUUGGGGAUUAAAAGAUAACUUCACAACUGCACUCCAAUGUUGGACUAUGAGUCUCUUCCUAAGAGAGUUUGCACUAAUCCCCAUUCUUGCCAAACGGUUUGGGGAUUAAGAGAUAACAACUACGGAUUAAGAUACGUGCAAUUUAUUGAAUAAUGAAGUGAAAACAACAAAUCUUGCUAAUCGAUAUAUGUAUAAUUCAAAAGUCAGUAAUUUUAUUUUUGUAGUAAUGUUGUAUUGGUAGGGAAAAUUUUAAAAUUAUAUAGCUGUGAACUAGAAUUUAAGAUUAUUUGUAUAAAAAAAUAAUAAUAUUGGCUAAUAUUAAAAUUGUAAUUGAGGCUAAAAUUUUCAUUGCGUAUACGCUGCGGGUACGCUGCGUUUACGAUGGUAAACGUGAAAGCUACUUCUGAUGAUGAAACUAUGAUGCGUAAAAGCGACGAUUAUGCGGCGUCAACGUAGCGUGAACGCAGCGUGUGAAAAAUUCAUCAGUUUUAUUUAGACUCUUUAUUUUCUAUUUCUAUUUAUUAAAUAAUUAAUGCUUUAAAUAAUUGAAAAUUAAUGUUUGCAAGUAUCAGGUAUUACUUAAUCUAAUUUUUAAAGGUUCUGUAAAGAUUAUUUCAAUUAUUUAAUUGUACCCUUAGUACGAGUUUUAUUUACUUAAAAUAAUCGAAAGGAGAGCGCGUUCAUCGCUCUGAUUGGCCGACUCAAAAAACCAACCAAUCAGUAUCUUUAGUAUGAGCUGGUUUUACGUUGAAAGAAAACGAAACGAGAACGCGUUCGGCACUCUGAUUGGCUGGUGCCAAUAAACAAACCAAUCAGAGCGCCGAUCGCGCUAUCGUUAAACGUAAACGAAACUUGUACUAAGCACUCUGAUUGUCUGGCUCAAAUAAACCAACCAAUCAGGGUGCCGAACGCGCUCUCGUUUCGAUUACUUUAAACGUAAAGCAAACUCGUACUAAGGCAACUAAAAUGUCCUAAAAAUCCUGUAUUAUAUAAUUUUAAAGCUGUAUUUAAUAAUUUAAUAAUUUUCUCUGUCAGUAACAACGGCCGGCUAGUAUAUAGCUUUGUAUAUGAUAUUAUGGUAAAUAAGCAGUAUUUAUUUAUUUAGAUAUAGCGUGAGUUUGAAAAUGUGAUCUUAAAAGUGCGUGUGACGUAGAUAACGUACAAGUCGUAAAUAUUAUCAAAUAUAUAUAAUUUCUCUUA